AUCAUUUAAUUUAUGGCACACGACUUCAGAAUAAUUGUUUGUAAAUAAUAAAUGCAGCCUACCUAUACCGAUUACCGAAUUGAAAAUACUACGAUAGGUAGUAAAUACAACACCUCGGUCAAUAAUAACAAAAGAUAACGGCAAUAUUGCAAUAACUCGUUAGCCAUUAGAUAAUCACAUUUACAACUUAAAAAAUAACUCAAAAACCUAAAGCUGUCGUUUACUCGUGUGAUAUUCGUUACUAAUUGUUUAUGUUGUAAUAAACCUAAUUGUCAUUUAUAUGUCUAGCCAACAGCCGUGUAGCUUGUAAUGUGUACAUUGUACUUGCACAAGACACAAGUCGACUAGUGUGUACACAGUACAUUUACCUAGCAAAUUGUUUUCGUUUCGUUUAUGGCUUACGUACCUAAUAUACUGACUAAAUUACAUUUUUAAUACCUUUUGCGUUAUUUUAUAAAUUAUAAUCAUAUAUCAUUAAUAUCAUACAUAUGAAUCAUGUCCAAACGUGUAUAUCCAAGUGGAUCUUUAAAAAGAAAAUUAAAAAAACAACGCGAUGACAAAAUAAAAUUGCUCCCGCAAAUAAUAAAUUGUUUGAAUAAUACAGUAACCACAGAAAAUUUGAUCAACAAGUCGGUACAAUCUUCUAAUAGCAACUGAUAUUGAACAGAUAAAUUUAUACGAUGGAGCAAAAGAUGUUGAACUACAGAGAGCUGAUGAUGAAAGUCAAAUCAUAUCCUCCAGAGAGGAUAACAUUUAUAAACAAACUGCCAUGAUUUUCUCAGUAUCAGAUAAACAAAAUGAUUGGAGUGAUGUUUCUAACUAGCCAGAGGUAUUAACUCAUUUUUCUAAGUAUUUUGAUUCAUAAAAAUCGAAUUUAGAACGAGUAGUUUAUGAGUUAUAACUUCAUAAGUAGGUAUUUAAAGUUUAGACAAGCUGGUAGACAAACAUUUUGCGGGGUAACCCCGUUGUUAUUCAUUAUAGAUAUAGUUAUGCUAUCUCUCGAUGGUACACAAAAUAACCGUUAUUACUAACACUGGUGUUGAUUAUUGGAAACACCUUACAGAAAUAUUAAAAUCACAUGAAAGGUCUAUAAUACAUUAUAAAUCUACACAAUGCUGGAGUGAGUUAAAAUCAAGAAUUUCAACUGAUACAGCUAUUAAUAGCAAAUGUUUGGCUCUAAUGGAGAGAGAAAAAAUGCAUUAGAGAGAUGUUCUUAAGCGAAUUGUAUCUGUAAUUCACUACUUAUCAAAAAAUAAUAAUGCUUUUAGAAAGCAGUCGGAUGUGUUAUUUACAAAAAACAAUGGUAAUUUUUUAGGAGCAAUUGAAAUGCUAAGCAAUUUUGAUCCAGUAAUUAUAGAUCAUGUUAGAAGAAUUAAAAGUACUGAAACACGUGUACAUUAUUUGGGUCAUGAAAUACAGAAUGAAUUAAUUAAUUUAAUGUCUAAUAAUAUCCGAAAUAAAAUUAUUAAUUAUAUAAAAGAAGCUAAAUAUUAUACAGUUAUUAUGGACUGCACGCCUGAUAUUAGCCACAACGAACAAUUGUCACUCAUGAUUCGUGUACCUAUAGUAAAUAUGUAUGAUGGUCAAGCAAAAUGUCCAGAUACUGAAGAGUACUUUUUAGAUUUUAUACCAGUUUUCUCAACAACAGGACUAAGUCUGGCUAAUAUUCUUUUGGGUAAUCUGAAAAAGUAUGGUAUUAAUAUUAAGGAUUGUAGAGGUCAAGCUUACGACAACGGUUCCAAUAUGGUUGGGAAAUAUCAAGGAGUACAAACUAUAGAAUUAAUAAUCUAAAUCCUAGAGCAUUUUUCACACCUUGUGCUUCACAUAACUUAAAUUUGGUUCUUAGAGAUUCGGUAAAAAAAUUCAGUUCAGGCUUCAACAUUUUUUGGAACAAUUCAGCGUGACUAUACAAUAUUUGCAGCGUCCACAAAUCGAUGGGAUAUUCUUCAAAAGCAUUGUGAAUUUUUGACUGUGAAAAAGUGGUCAGAAACUAGGUGGGAGAGUCGAGUAAAUAGUGUAAAAGCCCUUCGUUAUCAGCUACCAAAUAUCAUAGAAGCCUCGGAAGAAGUAUCAAGAGAGGCAAGUGACACAAUGACAAGAAGUGAAGCUCAGUCAUUGGCGAAUGAAAUCAGUACAUUUGAAUUUAUUCUAAGUUUAACUAUAUGGUAUAGUAUUUUAGUAGAAGUGAAUAUUGUUAGCAAAAGUUUACAAGGUAAAAAUAUUGAUAUAGACAUCUCAACUAAUAUGUUGCAGUCUUUUAAUUUUUUUUAAAUCAUUUAGACAAACAGGAUUUGAAAAGUCUGUUAUGGCUGCAAAAGAAAUUUGCGAAGAAAAUGGUAUUGAUACAAAUUAUAAAACACGUCGUUUAAAAAAAAAAGAAAAUGUUCAGUUGUGAAGGCGACGAUGAUGUAGUAAAUGAUGCGGAGGCUAUUUUUCGACAAGAAUAUUUUUUUUAUAUUGUUGAUCAAGGUAUAAGUUCAAUGGAAACCCGCUUUAAACAACUUGAAUCUUAUAAAGAUGACUUUAGUUUCUUAUUUCGAAUUGGAAAAUUGACCAACAUAGCCAAUACAGAUCUAUUAAAACAUUACAUGGACCUUCAAAAUCGUUUAACUGAUGGAGAAUCAAAAGAUAUUGAUGCAUUAGAUUUAUAUGCAGAAUUAAUAAUUUUUAGAUUGCAUGUUACUGAAAACCAAACUCCUCUCGAAGUACUUUCAACUGUUAAAAAUUCCAAUGGUUCAUUUCCAAAUAUUAAUGUUAUGCUUCGGAUACUUCUUACCAUUCCAGUCACAUCAGCCAGCGCAGAAAGAAGUUUUUCUAAGCUAAAAAUUAUAAAAAAUUAUAAAAAAUUAUCUCCGCAAUAGGAUCAGCCAAGAAAAGCUUUGUGGGUUAUCUAUCAUACCUAUUGAAAAAGCAAUAUCGGAUACAAUAAAUUAUGAUAAAACAAUAGAUGACUUUGCUGCAGCAAAAUCUAGGAAAAAAUUAUUUUAAUUAUUCUAACCUAUAUUUAUGUAUGUACACAUUUGACGUUUUAUAUAUUUUAU